CUACGACCACCUUGGGCAGUCUCACCUUCACACUAUGGCGGGAACCCCGGCAUAUGACCAGCAGAACAAAGGUCCAAUUCUGCUGGCCGUGAUGUGGACACUGACUGGCCUCGCAACCGUGCUGGUAUGGGCGCGGUUGUUUAUUCGCACCAAGAUUGUGCGUGCGUUCGGGCUGGAUGAUCGGCUCAUUGCCAUUUCGAUGAUCUUAGGGCUAGUCAACGUGAUCAUUGCCACGGUCGCCGUCCACUAUGGCUUCGGCAGACACUCGUCCACGGUUGGCCAUGCCGCGACUGAGCGUGCGAACAUGACCAUUGAUAUCGGCUGGAUUUUCGGCAUCCUCUCUUUCGCCUUCCCCAAGAUGGGAGUGGCCGCCCUGCUUCAUCGCAUCUUGGUCCCGGGGUUUCGUAUGCAGUGCGCGCUGUGGGGCUUGACUGGGCUAGUAAUGGCCGUCGCCGUUGCCAACGUCCUUAUUUUCUUCACCUCGUGCGAUCCGCCGCGCGCUCUGUGGACAACGGUCCCAGGAUCAACCUGUCGCAGUUCCGGUGUGAUAAUCGGGUUUGCGACGUUCAAUGGGGUGCUGUCCGCCUUCACUGAUCUCAGCCUCGCCAUCUACCCGAGCGUGGUUCUCUGGAAGCUGCAGAUGUCGCUCCAUAAGAAGCUGGCGCUGUGUGCCGCAUUGGGAAUGGGUGCUAUAUCCGCCUGCGCGGCCAUCAUCAAAACGACCCACAUCAACGCCCUUGCCAACGUCUCCGACGCAACCUACGCAAGCUGGUCCCUCGUCCUAUGGACAAAUGUCGAAGCCGAUCUCGUCAUCAUCGCCUCGUGCAUCCCCACCCUCCAGCCCCUCCUCGAGUUCCUGCUGGGCAAGCGCUCCCUCGCCUCUUACAGCCACCCGCGCUCCUACCCCAGGACCACCGGCUACGGGGACGGUGGCUCGAAGCCCUCCAACAAACGCUCCCGCCGCUCGACGAUGCUCGACCCGACCGCCAUCACAAUCACCUCGAUGCGCCGCGACAGCCAGGAGGAGAUCCUACAGUAUGAGCUCCGGUCGCCAGUCCCAGGCCCGACACAAAAGCCCGGGUGGGAGAUCCAGCGGACGGAUCACAUUGUGAUCGAGUAUGAGAUGGAAACUACCGGUGAAGGGAGGGCCGAGGGAGCGAGAGAGGCGGCGGCCGGGCGGAAGCCCUAA